CAUCAACCGUGUUUGAUGGACCACGAAGACCGUUUACCGCUGCAGGAUUAUUUGCCCCGCAGUCUCGACACCGUUGGGCAUGAGGACCAUGGCAGAAUCCAUCAUGCCUUAACGGCAAAUCUUGUUGCGCACAAGCAGAGCAUGACGCGAUGAUACAACUAGCAAUGGCUCAGUCUGGGACUCUGGCCAUCUCCUUUAUGCAGGCUCCCCUGUUAGCUUAGGGCCCGCAUUUCUGCCAUGUUGCUAACCUGCCAAGUCUGGAGGAUCUUUCUCUCCCUUAUGGUGAGGUACGGCCGCUAAGCAGACCAGUGGCUAGCUGUAGGGGUAUCAGCUCUCACAAUUUAAGGAAAUUGGUCCAGUCUCAUCUGUCACGCCUCCGUUGACGUCGUCGAAGCUGAAUCCUCACUAUUCAAGCAAGGUUCAUCGGGCUAGAUGAUGACGGAUGCACGUAACUCACGGUGGCGCUGACUGUGCCAACCUGAUUUUAGGUUCCUAUAAGCUACGGCCUAUAGUCCUAGUGUCGCUUCCAGUGCUACGAAUGUGAAAUUUUGCCCACGAAGCGUCUUGUCUUCCACCCAAGACAGGCCUGUCCUAGUGUCUAGACAAUCAGAUGUCAAUAAAUUUGCUUGACUCGAUGUGGUGCCUCUCCAAGUAUGCAGUCGCCUUCGGAACCUAUAUCAGAGCCAAGCACAACCAGAAGCGAAGUCGUGUGUUUAAUCGCCUCGAAGACGGAUGAUCGCCAAGAGCAGCGAGAGACUCAAGAAGACCAAAGCAAGGAAACAUUUUCCUAUCGGCCACCUGGAUAUCCCGACUUUGGCAAUAUGUGGACGAGCCCACCCCAACCGUUACCUGGACCUGAUGAUCAUCCGUUCUUCAAGUGGAUAGCCGAAGGAGCAAAGCUCGAUCCUGCUGUCCUCGCGACACAUCGACCACCUUCUGAGUCUCAGCAAACGACGUUGCCGUUGCGUACAGUGCCGUCGCAGCUCGCUGCUAUACAGCCUCCGACAGUUUACCCAUUUAUUCCUAGUCCGACUGUUGCGAUGGAACCGUACACACCAAACGAGGCAGAACGCAAGAGCUUCCCACAAUUACCUUCAUCAUCAAGCACGACACCAGAUCUUAGUUCAUCUCCAACUGAACCUUCACCUGCCUCGGCGCAAACGACACCGGUUAGAGCAGCCAAGAGCAUCCAUUCUAUACCUGACAAGAAAACCGACGAUUUCAACGUCAGUACAGCCCAUUCUUCAGCCGAAGAAAUAGACGUGCCGACACACGAAGUGUCCAAGUGCACAUCGACCUACAUGCGUUUAGUACUAGACGCAGACUCUCAGACGCCGCGAGCAGUGGCCAACGGUCAGAUCUGGCGCUCAGGGAGCAAGCGAAACGGUUGGAGGCGACACCAGUGGUCGCUCGAUGUUCCUCAGUGAAGAACAACAAUCGCCACCACUUUGCCGAAUACAAAGCCAACGGAAGAAAGAGAAAGGACAUUCAAUCCACACCAGGCCCCCCGAGUUACCAGUGGUUCGGCUGGCCACCGUCGUUGUCGUUUUGUUGGCUCUUGCUUCGUUCUGGAGGUCUGCUGACCUGCUGACCUGCUGACCUGCUGGCCUGACCCAACCAAGGUUUUUUUUCUUUUCUUUUUUCUUCCGAGGAAGGUUCGAGCGAGCUGCCAUUGUUAUUUCGGCAAGCACCAGUGGUCGCCGGGGUGCAGCUUCUAACUCGCCGCUCUGGAACACUCGCAGGGUGGCGGCUUCCCUUGCCACACGCGAAUCGCGUGCCAUGUGCAAGGUCCCCCUGGCCAUUGGAAGACAUGGCGUCAAUGCGAAAACCACGCUUUCUCCGCACAAAGCACUUCACUUUUUCCGCACACUAUAAAGAAUCAGGGUUGGAAAAACGGGUUUGAUAAUAUGGAGCUGCCGCGGGCCGUUGGCACGCCAGUGUGCGACGUGCAUGCUCAACAAACUGCUGGUUACCCGACAUCAAUGGCACGAUCCUUGCGAUUUUCAUUUUCGCUCUCGCUGCGUCGUGCGAUAUUCAUCUUUUAGCGUUAAGAAACAAAUGCUUUGGUGCAUAUCAACGCUGUUGCCCUUUACCAAGACGCUUC